AAUUAACACUCCAGUGCAAAACGAUCGAACGAUACCAAAAUGCGCGCGCUAACAAUCUUCACUCUAUUCUGCUUGAUUGCGGCGUAUUCUUGCCAGAGUCACGACUUGGUGCUUGGUCAGGCAACAUACGGUGACGUGAUCAUUUACAAAGUCAACGAAUACAAAUAUGGUUUCCCGCUCUUCAUAAGGACCAGCAUCAUCGAAUACCCAGAACCAGGGCAACAUAACUUCGCAUACAUCAAGGCUAUAUACGUGAAAGACAACGAGAGAGAUGGAACUGGUGGCUACCCGACCAUUUCAGCGGGAGGCAUUGGACAGAGAUUUGUGAAAAUCAAACUCAAAAGCCAGAGGAAUUACGGCUUCAACUUCACUGUUACCAUCUAUGGAAGAUACUAAGUGAUAUCAGUACUGUACCGUGGCUAUGAACUCCUAGUAUUCUGUCGUGUAAUGUGCCAAGUAUUUCACUGUACCUACAAAUUCGCAAAAGUGUGCUUUAAGUGUUUUAUAUUAUAAACUUAUUUUAUUUGUUGUUAAUAUAAUAUAUUAAUGAAAAAUC